CUCAGGAUGGAUGCACUAGGUGUGCACAUCAACCAACUCCACAGUCACGAGUCAAAGAAAUCUUUCUCUGAAUGAAAGCGCACUUCCAUGGACAGUUCAAGUUCAUGAAGGAUGUCAAACCCAACUUAGAGUUAUCAGCCACCUGCCAGGCCCUGGGUUCUGUGCCCAUGCGCUGGGAUGACGCCAAUAUUCCUGCUCAGGAUGGAUGCACUAGGUGUGCACAUCAACCAACUCCACAGUCACGAGUCAAAGAAAUCUUUCUCUGAAUGAAAGCGCACUUCCAUGGACAGUUCAAGUUCAUGAAGGUAUGGCUCUGAGUCACACUGAGCAGCGUCAGAGAAACAUAUCUGCAGAUUAAUAAUCUGUUCUUUAAUGGACACGGAUAACCAGACAUGGGUGAGAGAGUUUAUCCUCCUUGGCCUGUCCCGUGACUGGGACACUCAGGUCUGUCUUUUUGUCCUGUUCUUGGUCAUGUACCUGGCGACAGUGCUGGGGAACUUCCUCAUUGUCCUUCUGAUCAGACUGGACAGCGGACUCCACACUCCCAUGUAUUUCUUCCUCAGCAACCUCUCCCUUGUUGAUGUGUCUUAUGCCACAAGCAUCGUCCCUCAGAUGCUGGUGCAUCUUCUUGCAGAACAUAAAGCUAUCCCCUUUGUGAGCUGUGCAUCCCAGUUAUUCUUCUCCCUGGCCUUGGGUGGGAUUGAGUUUGUUCUACUGGCAGUGAUGGCCUAUGACCGCUAUGUGGCUGUGUGUGACCCCCUGAGGUACUCGGUCAUCAUGCAUGGAGGGCUCUGUGCCAGAUUGGCCACCACAUCCUGGGUCAGUGGGUCUGUCAAUUCUCUCAUGCAGACCGCCAUCACCUUUCAGCUGCCCAUGUGCACAUAUAAACGUAUUGAUCAUGUAUCCUGUGAAAUCCUAGCUGUGCUGAGGCUGGCCUGUGUGGACACCUCCUCCAAUGAGGUUGCAAUCAUGGUUUCUAGCAUCAUCCUGCUGAUGACACCCUUCUGCCUGGUUCUCUUGUCCUACAUCCAGAUCAUCUCCACCAUCCUAAAGAUCCAGUCCACAGAGGGGAGGAGAAAAGCCUUCCACACCUGUGCCUCCCACCUCACAGUGGUUGCCCUGUGCUAUGGCAUGGCCAUUUUCACCUACACCCAGCCCCGCUCCAGCCCUGCUGUUCUUCAGGAGAAGUUGAUCUCUGUCUUCUAUGCUAUUUUGAUGCCUGUGCUGAACCCCAUGAUUUAUACUCUAAGGAACAAAGAGGUGAAGGGGGCCUGGCAGAAACUAUUAGGAAAAUUAUCUGGAUUAAAAUCUAAAAUGUCAACUUGAUGAAUCAUGAGCAUCAUUUGGAGAAAAGAGCCUUGCUUGUGUGUUCUCCCAGUCAGCUCAGAUACGACAGGCGUCAACUGCAUUGCCCUGGCAACCAGGAAAGAGAUGACGAAAUGUGUGCUGGUAGGAGGCUGAGUGGUUGGGUUGGGGGGUGGGAUGUGAGAAUACUUUUAUGUCAUUGCAGCAUGUUCAAUGCAGUUGAGCACUGAUGUAAUAGAAUUUUGUGCCCUGAUUCAUCUCCAUUCAUACUGCCUGAGAGUCAUGGGGAAAAAAAUCAUUUACUGCUUUGAUGGGUCAUGUUGUUUGUAAUCAUGGACCCAUUUGUGGAUCUUCCUUUGGACCACUGGUUCUUAUUCAUCCAAAUUUUGUACAAGGUUAUCAUGUUUCCAUUGGGAACAAAACCUUUUCACAUUUUAGACUCACUUAAAAUAAUGCCUUUUCUGUAUAGACACAUUCAGUAAUUGUGUGAGUCACUGUUCUGAGGAAAGUGAGCUGGACGUAACGUGGUGGAUGUAAUGUGUUUGUCUGAGUGCUGGAGGUAACUCAGCAGAGAAGCAGAAACUAAAGAUCUUAUUUUACUCUAAUAGGAAUAUAACUGACUUUUGUUUGUAUAUGAGGAAUAACUACAUUUUAAGCUCUCCUUGAUAGUAUACAAACAAUUUGAAAGGAAGUUUCUUGCAUACAUAAAGGGCUACCAUGUAAAUGUUAAAAUUGUUUAAUCUCUAAAAAAAUCUCUUAACUCUUUUCCUAGAGUUUAGAAACAAAAUAAGCACAUAAAAUUUAAGAUAAUGUAUAAAAUAUUAAAGCUGUCAUUAAUCUUAGAAAAGAUAGAUUCUUUAGCCAAAGCCAAUGAAAGAUAACGUAAAAUGAAAGAUUUUGUGAAUCAGGAUAGUUCACCCAGCUAUGCAGAUAUUACCCUCAAUUAUUCAUAUUAAAGGCAAUGCCCCAUCUGUUUGCUUAUACACACACACAGGGCUGUAGUUGAUCUUUGCAAAUCUAGUGAGCUGAAGAAGUCUCAAGGGUAGAUGCCAAGUCUGACAAAAGUCUAACUAAGGAAAAAGAGGGUGAAGAAAUAAUUGUAUAAUGGUUAAAGAAGGGGAAAGAGGAGAAAGAAUAUGAUAGCAGCUUAUCUUUUAUUUCCCUCUAAGAACUCACAAAUCUUCUAUUGUGUCUUCUUCAUUUAGUUGAUUUGCAGUUCUAUUUGUGAUCACAUUAUCAACACAACUCAGUGUUUGAGCAAGCUUAAGAUUUAUGUAAUCCAGAGCCCAUUUGAUAUUUUAAUAUUGCUUUAAAAAUUCCAGACGUAAAAUUUGAAAUGUAGGUAAGCCUCCUAAAAGUUGUCAAUUCCAGUGGGUUAAAUUUCUAUUGGUGUUAAUCCAAGAAUUAUUAAUGGAAAGUCUACUAUGUGUGUGUAACAGUGAACGGUUUUUGAAACAAAAUGGUCAAGAAGAUAAAGGCCUGACAAUAAUAGGAUGAUAAGGUCUGAUAGAAAAUGAAGCAAUUAAAAUGCAGCAUGAUGAGGGUCACAGAGAAUAAGACUUUGGGGGUGACAGCAGAAGUCUUCCUGUAUGAAAAGACCAAACAGACCCAGGUGGAGACCAGGAAGGUGAGAACAAGUGAUCCGGAUGAAAGCAACCCAAAGAAAGGAACAGCUUGUGAAAGGUGCAGA